AUGUCUCUGGAGAUCACCUUCCUGGGCACGGGCUCAGCCUACCCGUCCCCGUCCCGCGGAGCCUCGGCGCUGGUGCUGCGCAGGGAAGGGCAGUGCUGGCUCUUCGACUGCGGCGAGGGCACGCAGACGCAGCUCAUGAGGAGCCACCUCAGAGCAGGUCGAAUUACCAAGAUUUUCAUCACUCAUCUUCACGGCGACCACUUUUUUGGACUUCCUGGGCUGCUGUGCACGCUGAGCCUGCAGAGUAACCCCGAUGCCAGCAAAGCACCUGUUGAUAUUUAUGGCCCGCUGGGAAUACGGAGCUUCCUCUGGAGGAGCCUGGAGCUGUCUCACUCUCAGCUCCUCUUCCCCAUCACCGUCCACGAGCUCGUCCCCACGCGGGACCAGUGUCCCGCAGAGGAAUUUAAGGACUUUUCCAGCUUGGACAGAGGUGAGGAGAUUCCUCGGGGGCCUCCAGGGAGAGUUCUGCACUUGGAUCCAGAAGAAGAUUCCUACUUGCUGGUGGAGGAGGAGCAGCUGGUGGUGAGAGCGUUCCGCCUCUUCCACCGCGUGCCCUCCUUUGGCUUUGUCAUGGAAGAGAAGCCCCGGCCUGGGAAGCUCAAUGUCCAGAAACUGAAAGACCUUGGAAUCCAACCAGGUCCCUCCUACGGGAAACUGAAGAGCGGCACCGCCAUCGUCCUGGAAAACGGAGCCACAGUUUCUCCGUGGGACGUGCUGGAAUCUCCCAUUCCCGGCAGGAAGAUCUGCGUGCUGGGGGACUGCUCGGGGACGGUGGGGAGUGGGGCCGAGCGGCUGUGCCGGGGGGCGGACGUGCUGGUGCACGAGGCCACGCUGGGGGACGGACAGACGGACAAGGCACGGCAGCACGGGCACAGCACGCCCGGCACGGCCGCAGAGCUGGCCCGGCGGUGCCGAGCCAAGAGGUUGGUGCUGACCCACUUCAGCCAGCGGUACCGGCCCGCCGGGCAAGCUGGGGACGGUGACAGCGAUGUCACCGAGCUGAAGAGACAGGCUGAGGCCAGGCUGGAUGGCCAGGAAGUGACGCUGGCUGAGGAUUUCAUGACCAUAGAGAUCCCGAUGAAAAGGUGA